CAAAUCAAUUGAAAAGCCAACAAAAAAUGGCAGGGGAGGAAGAAAACUAACAGCCCAAGUGGCGACUCUCUCUCUCUCUUCUUUCCCUCCGGAUCUGUUACGGAAGCGAAAAGGGCAAAAAAAAAUAUGAAAAGAAAAAUGGUACACGGAACCAGGAACCGGAGCUCGAAACCCUAACCCUAGCUCCCUCCCCUGUUCUCUCUUCUCGCCUCCUCCCCCCCUAGCCCUCUCUUCCCUCUCCUCUCCCCUCCUCUCCUCCCUUCUUUCUCUUGCCCCUCACGCUUAGAAUUCCGGAACGUCGGGCUGAUGCUCCUGUGUCGUGAUGAAGGGUGAAGACACUGACGCCCGUUCCGAUGCCGACGAGGACCCUCCCUCCGUUGGCCUCCCGGCUACCAGCUUAGAUCUCUUUUCCCAGGCGCAGAAGGCGCUCUCUGUUCGAUGCCCCUUCGACGGCGAGGAGUCUGCGCCUAGGGUUCCGACGCUCCCUUCGCGUUUGGCGUCUUUUCUCGCGCGCGCUUCUGAGGACCACAAGAAGCAGAAAAAGGCCGCGGGGGAGAACGCUGAGAAGCCGGCGGUGCCCGGUAAGCCGCUCACUGUGUGGGAUGAGACUGAAGAGUACUUCCGGCCGCUCACUCUGUCUGACGUCGACUUUCUGGUUCUGACGCUUGGGUUGGGUCCUGGUUCAGUAGCUUCCUGUCUAACCAUGCCAGUUCUUGGAAAUUGGGCGGAGCUUAGCGAGAAAGUUGGGGAAUUGGACGCUUCUGCCCCUCCAUUGGGUUUCAUUUCAUUGCCUGGGAAAGAGCAAGAACACUCGGAGCUUCAACCGAUGGAGACAGAGAAAGUUCCCGCACACGAGAAUGUGCCUCUUGCUGAAGCAGAUGGGAGAGCGGUUCCUGGAGACUAUGCAUUAUUAACUGAAGUAGAAGAAAGUGAUGAUACUUCGUCUUUGCAUUGGCUUUUGGGUUCUAAGGAACGUUUCAAUCUCACAUCUGAACGCCCAAAUAAGAUUCGGAAGCUUUUGGGUGGAGAUGCUGGUUUGGAUAGGCUGCUACUGCUUCCUCAUUCACAUUCAGGAGCUGAAAUAUGUGAUGUCUGUUGCACUGCAGAGAGUAGAGUGAAAUCGAACAAGUUGCUUCACUGUCAUUCUUGCAAGGCUUUGGUGCACCAGAAAUGUUAUGGGGUAAAUGAGGCUUUGAACGGGCUUUGCAUUUGUUCUUGGUGUAAGCAUUUGGAGAAAGCAAGUAAAAUUAUACAGGGAAGGCCAUGCUUUCUUUGUCCUAGGGAAGGCGGAGUGAUGAAAGAACUAAGAAUUGGUACUUCCCUUUACCCUGCUGGUUGUGGUACAUUUGUACACUUGUUUUGUGCUCUUUGGACACCAGAAGUGUAUGUUGAAGACACCAAAGCUAUGCAACUGGUUAUGAAUGUUGGUGGCAUAGAUGAUAGUCGUAGGAGGUUGGUCUGUAAUUUAUGCAAGGUGAAGCAUGGUGUAUGCGUAAGAUGCAGCUAUGGAACAUGUAGAACAGCUUUCCAUCCUAUGUGUGCUAGGGAGUCAAAGAAUCAGAUGGAGAUUUGGGGAAAAUUUGAAUGUGCUAAUGUUGAAUUGCGAGCAUUUUGCUCAAAACACUCCACUUUCCUGGAUGCAAUAAGUGUCAAAGACCCUAAUAACCUCUUGAUGGCUACUGAUGACCAUUCUAUGAUAGACAAGCCUUCUGCCCUUAUCCCCAGUGCUAAAAAAUUACCAAAAUUCCAAUUUACUCGCAAGAAGAGAGAUAAAAAUACCAUGAAAAAUGAAAUUGCAAAGUUUACUUCUGAGAAAAUAGACCAGGUAGAACCUGGUGACCAAGAUGCUGUGGGAAGUAAGCUUAAUCCUGAAAGUGGUCCAGCUGGUCCUACUACAGAGAUGGGUUCUGUUGGGGCUAUUGACAAUGAAAGUAUUAAGCGAAGUACUCCUGAUGUUCCUGCAAUACUUCGAGAGCUAAUUGUUCUUGGCAAAAUCAGUGCUGAAGAUAUUGCAUCAGAGAUGGGCAUCUCAUUAGGUUCCUUGCAAGCAGCACUUGUUGGGGAAACAACAUCCUUUUCACCUGGUUUAAAGUUGAAAAUAAUCAAAUGGCUUCAGAAUUCUAUACAUGCCUCAGCUUUGCAACCUUCAAAACUCAGAAAUAGCCUUCCAGCAUCAUCUGAGUAUAAAGUCACAAAGGUUGAUAGCUUAAAUUCUGUCAAAGAGAAGGAUUAUGAGAACAGAUUAGUUGGUGCUAAAGUCACAAGUAUUGAGUUGUCAGAUGCUGUUCUUGUUAAGUCACUACCACCAUGGAGAACAACAAAAAGCCAGAUGACGGUAAAGAAUAAUGAUAAGGCACCCAUACUCCCUUCUGUUUUGGAAAAUAGUAAUGGGAAUAUAGAUGGUGUUCCGCUUGUCAUCAAUGAAGACAUUAGUGGAAAGAAAUCUUCUAAUUUAAUUGAGGGCAUGCCAAAUGACCAAAACCUUUCAGAGAUGAUUACCGAAGACACUCUUAGGAAUGACGAUUCUAAUGCUUUUUACCCAGUUUAUGGGCCUGAAGGAAACCCAUUAAGAGUAGAUUCCAAUAAUUUGUCCUAUGGAGAGUGCAAUUCAGAUGAUGUUGAGGUGAAAGUAACUGGACUUCAUAACAAUGACAAACACGCUGAGGAUGCUAAUGCCAUCUGUGAAAAUAAGCAACAACAGGAGUAUAGUUCUUCAAAAGAGUUUAAUAAUGAAGUUGAUGCAGCACUUUCUUAUAAAUUUCAUUUCCAAAAUGGUGCACUUGGUUCUAUUUCGGAUAUCCAUCCUUUGAUCAAUGUGAAGAUGUUGCAUUUGCAGAACUUAUUCAAGAAAACUCCUGGAGAUCCAACAUAUGAUGUGAAUUCAUGUCCUCAAUGCAUCAAACAAGGCUUGCCUUGUUCUUGCACGGAUACAAAAUGUUCGUUGGGUGGAGCAAAGUUUGAUCAAACUUCUAAAGUUAAGAAUGUGGGUCUCUUGGAACUUUCCCCGCAGGAUGAAGUGGAGGAAGAAAUAAUUUACGCACAAUCUAAGCUACUUGAUAUUGCCAUGACAAUUAAGCAUAAAUAUGAUGAUUUAUUGUGGAGAAUAGUUAAGAACCUUCCUCGUGAGCUAAAUGAAUCAAGCAAACGAAAAUGGGAUCUAAUCCUUGUUAAUCAGUUUUUCCGCGAAGUUAAAGAAGCAAAAAAGCGAGGGAGAAAAGAGAAAAAGUACAAAGAAGCUCAGGCUGUACUUGCUGCUGCUGCUGAAGCAGCAGCCAUUUCAUCAAGAAACUCAUCAUUAAGGAAAGACACCAAUGAUGAGAUCAUGGCAGCUACUCAAGAGGCUUCCGCAAAAUUAAAGCUUGCAACUGGGGGAGCUGGGUUACCAUCAGUGCGUCGGCCAAAGGAGGCAUUGAGAUCAUCUGUUUCAAAAUUAACCUCAGAUAAGCAGUCUAUGAUUUUCCAGAUGCCUGAAUUUUUAAAAGACAAUGUAUUGUCUUGUGAAAUAUGCAUGCGAACUGAGACAAUACUGAAGCGUAUCUUCGUUUGUUCAAGAUGCAAGGUUCCUGUUCAUUUAGACUGCUAUCGUAGGAUAUCUGAAAUUCCAGUUGGUCCAUGGAAAUGUGAGCGGUGUGAGGAAAUGCCACUGUUAUCUACCAGCCCUAAAAAUGGAGCUAAUGCCAAUGAUAGAUAUGCUACAGGUCAGUGUGGCGUAUGUGGCAUUCUAAGUGGUGCUAUGAGAAAGUCAGCAGAUGGACGGUGGGUUCAUGCCUUCUGUGCGGAGUGGUUGUUGGAGACAAGUUUUAAGAGAGGACAAGAAGAACCAAUACAAGGCUUGGAGAGUAUUUCCAAGGGGAAGGACAAUUGCUCUAUAUGCCAUCUCAAUAUUGGUGCAUGCCUAACGUGCAGCUAUGGAAAUUGUAAGAGUCAUUUUCAUCCUUUUUGUGCUAGUAAUGCUGGGUUUUAUAUGAAUGCCAAGGUUACUGGCAGCACCACACAACACAAGGCCUAUUGUGGCAAACAUAGUGUCGAACAGAGAGAGGCAGACAACCGGCAAUGUGGAGUCGAGGAUCUUAAGAACUUAAAACAAAUAAGGGUUGAAUUGGAAAAAGUACGUCUUCUUUGUGAAAGAAUUAUAAAAAGAGAAAAGUUAAAGAAAGACUUGGUUCUUUGUUCACAUGAUAUACUUUCUUCAAAAAGGAGCUCUACUGCAUACUCGGCACUUGCAGUCAGUUCCUUCUUGCAUCCAGGUGUCAGUUCAGAGUCAGCUACUACAUCUAUAAAUAAUAGGUCACACAGUGGAACACUACAAAGAUCAGAUGAAGUUACAGUGGACAGUACCUUUUCCAAAAAAUGCAAAAUUAGAUUUUCUUUGAGUAAUAAGGAUGUGAACAGGCAUACUGAUGAUAGCUCCACGUCACUACCAUCAAUCAAACGAAAAUUAGCUGAGAGGGACUCUCUUUCUGCUAAACAACUUCCACGAAGAUCAGCAUCAAUGGCUUUCCGAGUAUCUACAGAAGAUGGAAACAGGAAAAUUAAGGCAAAAAAGGAAGUUCUUAAGGAUCUUGUGAUAUCAUCAGAUCAAGCACCCUUGCAAAAUCAACAGCCUUCGAAGGGGUAUUUUUAUGUACCUCAUGGUUCUCUUUCCAAAGAAAGGGCUCCGAAACAGGAUAUGGAGCCUCAUGAACCAAGAGAACCUGGUGGAUAAGUUGAAGGAUGAACUGUUCAAGUUGUUCUUUUCCAUUCUUGGUUGCCUUGAGUCCCAGUGGACAAAUUGAAAGGUGAAUACCACAUAAUCAAUUUGCAGAUGGUGCAGACAGCAAACUGAUGAAACAGGUUUCACCAGUGUGUCCCC